UCGAGCACGAGGGAGAGUCUUGUUCCUCUCCAUUGAACAACGACCUCCCAAUCCAAGUCGUCUCCUUCUCUCCUCGUGAUCUAGCGCGUUGAAAUCGGAGAGAAAAAGAUCCCGGAAUCUCUCCCCUUCUUCACUGCUGUUGUUUGUUCUUCAAUUCAAUCCUUGUCUUUUAAGCAGCAUGCCGGAGUAUCUUUCAUUGAACAAAGGACAUCUAUAAGUUGGAUCAAGUUGGAAUGGGUGGUUCAUUGAAAUGGUCGGGGAAAGAGACAUGGGAUUGGAAUAUAGGUUUGAUCUAUGUAGUUGCAGUUGCCGCCAUUUGGAUUGCCGCUAGUUAUAUUGUUCAGUCAGUUGUUGAUGCUGGGGUAUCACCUUUCCUAAUAACCUAUAUCUGCAACUCACUGUUUGUGGUUUACCUCCCUUUAGUUGAAGUUGGAAGGUAUUUUGAGGAUUCAGUUGUAAAUAUAUGGGUUUGGUGUAAAAAUAAGGAAAAAGUAAGCACAAUUCAUUCUGGAGAUGCAGAGGUUGUAAAUCUAUUAAAGGAGAGUGAUAAUGUUUUGGAUCCAAAUUUGUUGUUCAGCCAUCGUGGAGAUGUUGUAUCUCGAGUUGAAUCUCGGAUUCAGGAUUCAGAAAUUAUAAUGCCUGGUCAGGAUGAUGCAGUCACUGGUUCUGGAACUUAUGUGGCUGGUGAAAGCAGCAGCAAACAAUUGGAUGCCAAAGGACGAUGGACACGAACUGAAGUGGCAAAAGUCAGCCUGUUAAUUUGUCCUUUCUGGUUUUUAGCACAACUAACGUUCAAUCUGUCUCUCAAAUAUACCACUGUUACCUCCAAUACCAUCCUAAGCAGCACUUCCAGCCUUUUCACUUUCUUGGUGUCUUUGGCUUUUCUAGGGGAAGCAUUUACGUGGAUAAAGCUAAUUAGUGUCCUUCUAUGCAUGAUGGGAACAAUAAUAGUCAGCCUGGCUGAUUCAGGAAAUGGAGUAAAUGCAAUUGCUACACGUCCUCUUCUUGGAGACGUUCUUGCUCUCUUGUCAGCUGGAUUAUAUGCUGUUUACAUCACCCUCAUUAGAAAAAAAUUGCCUGAUGAAAAGAAAGGAGAAGGUCAAGCAAGUAUGGCCCAAUUCCUUGGAUUUCUUGGGCUGUUCAAUCUCGUAUUGUUCUUCCCUGUUGCACUGGUUUUGCAUUUUACAAGACUAGAGCCCUUUCAUAAGCUUACAUGGGAGCAAGUUGGUCUUAUCGUUGGGAAAGGUUUGUUAGAUAAUGUGCUCAGUGAUUACUUAUGGGCGAAAGCCGUUCUCUUGACGACAACAACAGUCGCUACUGCUGGUCUCACAAUUCAGGUUCCAAUAGCUGCUGUUGUGGACACUUUGACCGGGCAUGCUCCUAGUCUUAUGGAUUAUUUCGGAGCUGCAGUUGUUAUGGUUGGGUUCACCGGGAUCAACAUCCCAUCUGAUACUUUCAAUAAGCCCCAGGCAACUCAACAAGAACAGGAAGCUGAAAAUCCAAGCAUAGUUGAUCACCAACAUAGUAUUCUGGUGAUUGGAAGCACACCAUCCACAUCCUAGUAUUAACAUUAAUACUGAUUUAUCGGGUAUAUAUAUACUUCAUUUUUCUUUUUGUUUGUCACCUUAUUCAGAAGAAUUAUUGCUUGUAAUUGAGAUUUAUUUCUGCAAAAUGAAAGAUCAUAUUUUUUUGCAUUUA